AUGGAGGAGGUCCAUGAAGCAGUGAUAGUAGGUGCAGGAAUCGCCGGACUAGCAACAGCAAUAGCACUUAAAAAAGUAGGCAUUCAAAGCAUAGUCCUAGAAAAAUCUCAUCAACUUCGCGCCACCGGCGCCGCCAUCACCCUCGCCCCCAACGCAUGGCGAGCUCUAGACGCUCUCGGCGUUGCCACCAAGCUCACCUCCAUCUACCGAACUUUUGAACGAGGAUAUGUGACAAACCUCAUCACUGGUGCAACACAAGAGCAGUCCUUCAAAGGAACAAAUACUGACAGUGGAGAUGAAGAUAUGGGAGUGAGAUCAGUACAUAGAAAAGUAUUACUAGAAACUCUUGCUAAUGAACUCCCACCAAACACCAUCAAGUUCUCCAUCAAAAUCACUUCAAUCAAAAGCCAAGAAGAAGAAGAUGUAACAGUGUUGCAGUUGGAGGAUGGGAGCGUUAUUAGAACUAAAGUGUUGAUCGGUUGUGACGGUGUGCACUCAGUGGUGGCACAGUGGCUCGGGCUUACAACGCCGGUUGACUCCGGUCGGUCGGCGGUUCGUGGUUUGAGCGUGUUCCCUGCCGGUCAUGGUCUCAAGCAUCAACUUCACCAGUUCGUUGGAAAUGAUGCUAGAUGUGCUUUCGUAGCUAUGAAUGAAACUGAUGUUUUUUGGGGCAUUACCACCACAGAUGGAAGGAUGAUGUCGAGAGAGCCAGAGUUAAUCAAGAAGGAAGUAACGGAACACUUGGCGAAAGACUGUCCCGCAGAGUACCUUAACGUGAUCCAGCGCGCAGAGCUCUCGACAAUAACAUGGGCGCCGCUUAUGUACCGCGUCCCAUGGGACGUGCUCUUCGGCAAGACGCAUCGAGGUGGUGUCACGGUUGCCGGCGAUGCUUUCCACCCAAUGACGCCUGAUUUGGGACAAGGCGGCUGUACAGCGCUGGAGGACGCGGUGGUGCUCGCACGGUGCUUGGCGAACUCGCGUGGUAACGUGUCAAGUGGCAUGGAGAUGUAUGUGAAGGAAAGGCGGUGGAGAGUGGCUGGGAUAAUCACCGGUGCGUUCUUGUCCGGGUGGGUGCAGCAAGGUGGGACUGGGUGGAGGUGGUGGUUGGUGAAGCUCUUUAGAGAUCAUUUGUUCUAUCGGUUUGUUUUUCCGAGGAUUGUGAAUGCUGUGAGCUAUGAUUGUGGGGUUUUGCCGGAAAAGGAGAAGACUUUGUGAGCACCGCCAUGUCUACGUCUCUGCUUUCUAACUUGCAUUUCAGGUGUUUGAUGAAAUGCCUUUAAUAAAUAAGAGGGAACUCUUUUUGUAUUAUUUUAUUAUUUGUUUUGAAAUUAUUUCAGAAAUGU